UCAUGUAGCCCGUUAGGGGCGGCGUAGUGAUACUUGACUGAGACAAGCGGCAGAGAGGCUCGUACACCGAGAGAGAACGGUGGACUCCAUUGCUGUCCUGAGUGCGUUUCUCGUCGGCUGUGUCGUAUUGCGUGUCUGUCCGUGCUUUCGUGCACAUAAGUUUUCUUUCCACAUUGGAGAUAUUGUGAAUAGUAUUCUUUGUGUUUAGUGCCUGAACAAUAUUUGAAAUCGUCAAACGUAUCAAGACGUAAAAACGAGCCAAAAUGGCUGAUCAACUUACGGAAGAACAAAUUGCAGAAUUUAAGGAAGCAUUUUCGCUAUUUGAUAAAGAUGGAGAUGGUACCAUCACAACUAAAGAGUUGGGUACAGUUAUGCGAUCACUAGGUCAAAAUCCCACAGAAGCUGAGCUUCAGGAUAUGAUUAAUGAAGUUGAUGCAGAUGGUAAUGGCACAAUCGAUUUUCCGGAAUUCUUAACUAUGAUGGCUCGUAAAAUGAAAGAUACUGAUAGUGAGGAAGAAAUUAGGGAGGCCUUCAGAGUAUUUGAUAAAGAUGGAAAUGGUUUCAUAUCUGCAGCAGAACUCAGACAUGUUAUGACAAAUCUUGGCGAGAAACUCACUGAUGAAGAAGUUGAUGAAAUGAUUCGGGAGGCUGACAUUGAUGGUGAUGGCCAAGUUAAUUAUGAAGAAUUCGUCACAAUGAUGACAUCAAAGUGAAUGCAACCUGUGUAAUGGAAAAACUUGCAACUUGGAGUGGUGUUGACGUAUUAAGAUAAAUCAAGAAAAAUAUAAUGUUAACAAAAAACGAAUCGACCAGAAAGUGAAAAAAAUCUUGUAUCUGGACGCAAAGAUGUCUAUAAAACGCGAAAAAUCAACGUCCAACACGCGUUAAUCAUCAUUAACGAUAAGUAAUACAGGGCAAUUGUUUAAUUAAAAGAGUUAUUCCACUAAAAAUCAUUAUCUCUAAAUACACAAAACUUAAUUACACAACAUGAACAUAAAAAUACAUAUUACUCGCGCACAUACAUGAAUACAAAAAAAUAUACAGCACACACAAAUACCAUCUACAU